AUACAUACAUACGUACAAACAAUGUAUGUACGUAAGUUUUCUUUCUUUCGCACUACACGUUCGCUAUUCAUUCGCACUUUAGAAGCCGAAACGGAAAGACGUUUGAAAUUCCGGUGCAGAUCAAUUAAGCCUAAAGGAAUUGUUAAUAAUUUAUAUUGUUGCACUCUAAGAAAACUUGAUAAAAUGGCGGAGCUAUCCAGUGAAAUGAAACAGCUAUUCGAGUUUGUGAAUAGCAAGAAGGCCGAUUAUAUUGAGACCCUGAGAACCGCCGUGGCCAUCCAAUCGGUGUCCGCGUGGCCGGAGAAGCGCGGUGAGAUUGACCGCAUGGUCAACUGGACGGCCGAUAAGCUGAAGGCGCUGGGCACCGAAAUCGAGCUGGUCGAUUUGGGCAAACAAAAGCUGCCAACGGGCGAGGAGAUUCCACUGCCGAAGGCUCUGCUGGGCACACUGGGCAAGGAUAAGAGCAAGAAGACGGUGCUUGUCUACGGUCACUUGGAUGUGCAGCCCGCCCUCAAGGAGGACGGCUGGGAUACGAAUCCCUUCGAGCUGACCGAAAUCGAUGGCAAGCUCUUUGGACGCGGCGCCACGGACGAUAAGGGACCCGUCCUGUGCUGGAUUCAUGCCAUCGAAGCGUAUCAGAAGCUGAACAUCCCGCUGCCAUUGAAUCUGAAGUUUGUGUUCGAGGGCAUGGAGGAGAGCGGCAGCGAGGGCCUUGACGAGCUGUUGAUGGCGCGCAAAAAUGAUUUCCUUGCCGAUGUCGACUAUGUGUGCAUCUCGGACAACUAUUGGCUGGGCAAGAAGCGUCCCUGCCUGACCUACGGCCUGCGUGGUCUCGCCUAUUUCCAGGUGGAGGUCGAGUGCGCCUCAAAGGAUCUGCACAGCGGCGUCUUUGGCGGCACCGUGCACGAGGCCAUGCCCGAUCUUUGCUAUCUGCUCAGCACCCUGGUGGACAAGGAUACAAAGAUAUUGAUACCUGGCGUGGAUCGUGAUGUGGCUCCGCAAUUGCCGAACGAGGAGGAAAUCUACAAGAAUAUCGACUUUGAAGUGGCCGAGUACAAAAAAGACGUCGGCGUCGAACACCUGCCGCACAAUGGCAACAAGACCCGCCUGCUCCAGGCCAGAUGGCGCUAUCCCAGUCUCUCCAUACAUGGCAUUGAGGGCGCCUUCUAUGAGCCCGGCGCAAAGACUGUCAUACCAAAGAAAGUCAUCGGCAAGUUCUCCAUACGCCUGGUGCCCGAUCAGGAUCCCAAGCACAUCGAGGAGUGCGUUGUCAAGUAUAUCAAUGACAAAUGGGCCGAGCGUGGCUCGCCCAACAAGCUGAAGGUGGUGAUGCUGUCCGCUGGCAAACCCUGGACCGAGGAUCCCAAUCAUCCGCAUUAUGAGGCCGCCAAGCGUGCCAUUAAGCAUGUCUUCAAUGUGGAGCCCGAUAUGACACGCGAGGGCGGCUCCAUACCAGUUACACUGACCCUGCAGGAGGCCACCGGCAAGAAUGUGAUCCUGGUGCCUGUCGGCGCCUGCGAUGAUGGGGCACACUCGCAAAACGAGAAGAUCGACAUCUACAACUAUAUUGAAGGCACCAAGCUUCUGGGCGCCUACUUGCACGAGGUGGGCAAGUUGUAAAGACGAACGAUUUGAACUGGGAUCCAAUCCAAUCCACGACAUCACGAUGCAACAUCACAAAUGUGCGCUUAUACGAAUAUUAUAAAUGAAAAUUAAAUUCUAAACAUAUAUGCAUAUUAUAUA